AUGGCGUCACUAUCGGAGCUCAAUGACGACAUAAUUCGUAGAAUGGCCGUCGGUGCUAUUUACUCAGAUUUCAGAUGGAAAAUCAAUUCUUUAGAUUUCCACCGGACAGCUGAUUUGUUGGUGACAUCAAGCGACGAUGAUUCGGUGCUUCUGCUAAAGUCUUUGAGGUAUCUGUCAAUGUUUGAUAAUAGGUGCCUUCGAUACUUCAAGGGGCACAAAGAGAGGGUAGUAUCCCUGUGCAUGUCUCCAGUCAAUGAUGGCUUCAUGUCUGGUUCUCUAGACCACAGUGUUCGAAUGUGGGAUCUUCGUAUACUGGACCUCGCAUAUAACAAACAUGAGAUUGAGCGACGAGUCCAUUCGGUUAUCGAUAAGUUUGCCGAGCGAGGACUGAGAUCACUAGCGGUUGCAUACCAGGAAGUUCUUGAAGGAAGGAAAGAGAUCCCCGGGGAUCCAUGGAAACUUUUAGGGCUCUUGCCAUUAUUUGACCCUCCUAGGCAUGACAGUGCUGAGACUAUGAGGAAGGCUCUGAACCUGGGCAUAAAUGUUAAAAUGGUAACUGGUACGAUUAUAUCUACCUAUUUCGGUUAA